CUGCUCCGCGCGCGGUGGACACGUGCGGAGGUCUGAGUGACACUCGUAGCCCCCUCGGGAGGCCCGACGCGCCUGGGCCCCUCAGGUGCAAAGAUUGUGGACCGAGACGCGUUCGGACAGAGACUAUGUAAUCGGUGCGGUGUCUGUGUAGAGGACUUCGCUUCGGGGAGGGAAGAGGAGGGAUCCACUCGCUCCUCCGGCGGCGACUCGGCAGGCGGAGUUUCGCGGCGGCACCAGGGUUACGCCAGCCGGCGGAGAGGUCGCUCCAUCCAGUCCAGCGGCCGCGAGAGCCCCUGAGUCCGAGCGCCGGAGCCAGCGGGGGCGAGGGCGAGCAAGACCGAGCUCCGGGAGCACCGGAGGAGACUAGCGAACCAACCGCACCCCCGCCCGCCCCAGCUGCGCCGUGCCGGGAGGCGUCAAGGCGACAUGGAGAAGGACGGCCUGAGCCGCGCGGACCAGCAGUACGAGUGCGUGGCGGAGAUCGGGGAGGGCGCCUAUGGGAAGGUGUUCAAAGCCCGCGACCUGAAGAACGGAGGCCGGUUCGUGGCACUGAAGCGCGUGCGGGUGCAGACGGGCGAGGAGGGCAUGCCGCUCUCCACCAUCCGCGAGGUGGCGGUGCUGAGGCACCUGGAGACCUUCGAGCACCCCAACGUGGUCAGGCUGUUUGAUGUGUGCACAGUGUCACGAACAGACAGAGAAACCAAACUAACACUAGUGUUUGAACACGUUGAUCAAGACCUGACCACUUAUCUGGAUAAAGUUCCGGAGCCUGGAGUGCCUACAGAAACCAUAAAGGAUAUGAUGUUUCAGCUUCUCCGAGGUCUGGACUUUCUUCACUCUCACCGAGUAGUGCACCGUGAUCUAAAACCACAGAAUAUUCUGGUGACCAGCAGUGGACAAAUAAAACUGGCUGACUUUGGCCUUGCCCGCAUUUAUAGUUUUCAGAUGGCCCUUACCUCAGUGGUCGUCACGCUGUGGUACCGAGCUCCGGAGGUCUUGCUCCAGUCCAGCUACGCCACCCCCGUGGAUCUCUGGAGUGUUGGCUGCAUAUUUGCAGAAAUGUUUCGCAGAAAGCCUCUUUUUCGUGGGAGUUCUGAUGUCGAUCAACUAGGAAAAAUCUUGGAUGUAAUUGGACUCCCAGGAGAAGAGGACUGGCCUAGAGACGUUGCCCUUCCCAGGCAGGCUUUUCAUUCCAAAUCUGCCCAACCCAUUGAGAAGUUUGUAUCAGAUAUCGACGAACUUGGCAAAGACCUGCUUCUGAAGUGCCUGACAUUUAAUCCAGCCAAAAGAAUAUCUGCCUACAGCGCCCUGUCUCACCCAUACUUCCAAGACCUGGAGAGGUGCAAGGAGAACCUGGAUUCCCACCUGCCGCCCAGCCAGAACCCCUCAGAGCUGAACACAGCCUAAGGUCCCCGUGGCUAUCUUGAGCUGAUCAUCUGGAGAAUACCCKUAGUGGCUGUUGGGUCCCCCUGAGCAGAGCUAUUGAAGGUCACUGUCUGGAGGCCUUCCAGCUGCCAUCUUUUGGAUGGGUUCUGCUUCUUCAAGGAAACCGCCUAGUUUACUGUUUUGGAAUCAAUGCAAGAGUGAUUGCAGCUUUAUGUUCAUUCAUUUGUCUGUCUGUUUAUUUCAAGAACCUGGAAAAAUUCCAGAAGAAGAGAAGCUGCUGACCAAUUGUGCUGCCAUUUCAUAUUUCUAACCUUGAAUGCUGCCAGUGUGAAGUGGGUGAUCCAGGCACAGCUGAGUUAUGAUGUAACCUCUCUGCAGCUGCUGGGCCUGAUUUGGUACUUUUGAGUGUGUGUGUACAUGUGUGUAAGAGAGAUUCUGUGAUCUCUUAAAGUGUUACUUUUUGUAAACGACAAGAAUAAUUGAAUUUUAAAGACUCAAGGUGACCGAUAAAAUUCCAGACGCUGUUCACUGAAGGUGAUUCACCAGAAUGAUCUUCUCAAAUUAGAAAGUUGAGCCUAUGUCCUCAGCAUUUCUGUUCUGGCCAAAAGGAGUAAAUUUGUUAGCAGUUAAAGGUGAAGUUUUAGACACACAGCAAAAAGGAAGAAAAAAAUUCUAAUAUCCUUUAAGAGACCUGUUUUUUAAAGCAUGCAUUCUAUUUACUCUUUUGAAACUGAAUUUACUUGUUG